AUGUUCCAGGUGAUCCAGGUUCUGGUGGUCCAGAUUGCCUUCCGAGAUCCGUCUGGGUCGGUCCCAGGAGACAGGAGGCGGGGAGGGGGCAGGAGACGGGGGGGCGGGACGUUCCGGUGCGGAGCGGAUCCCCGGGAAUCGGUUGCAGCUAUCGGAUCGUUUACCGCUGGGAAGCGCGAUCCCGCUUUUCCCGAGGAGGAGGCGGCGGCUGCAGCAGCAGCAGCGGCGGCGAAGGGGAAUCCGGAGCGUCUGAGCGUCUGCAGAGGCUGGCCGGGCAAGGAGAGGAGAAGAGCGGACGAGGCGCGGCGGGGCAGCCCGAUGGAGUUGCAGGGGCAGCCGAUGAAGAUGGCCACGGGACCUCCUGAAGGCGGAGAAGGUCCCUCUGGUUUCUCCAUGGAGCAGGUGUUGGAGGAUCCAACUCGGGUCUUGUUGCCUGGGAACUCAAAGUUGUGGAUGGAAACCGCUGCAACAGCUGUAACAUUUCAGGGCUCAGUAACAUUUGAGGAGGUGGCUGUGUAUUUCACGGAGGAGGAGUGGGCGCUGCUGGAUCCCAGCCAGAGAGCCUUGCACGAGGAAGUCAUGCUGGAGAAUUCUAGGAAUGUGGCCGCUCUGGCUUAUGGGCAGGCGCAUGAGAAUAACAAGGAACCAAGCCUAGCGCUAUUUCAAGGGAUCCAAUCUGAAAACGGGAUGGUUGGAAAUCCGAAGAGCGUGAAAAGCUGUCGAAGAAAUGGAAGGAAGAAAUCUUCUUCUAGUCACAAUGAAGUCUUUGGCCUCCCAACCCAGCAACUUCAGCAACGGGAAGAAGUUGGAAAACAUUUCGGAUAUGGCAAAACAGACAAAGCAAAAUCUGGUUUCGGUAAAUAUUAUACAAACCAAAUUGAAGAGGAAGAUUGUGAACUUCAAGAGUAUGGGCAAAAUAUCAAACUUAGCUCCUCUCUUGUUUUACAUCACCCACCAUACAUCCCAGAGACACCAUAUGCAUUUAUAAAUCGUGUAGAAAAAUUCACUUUGAGCGGUCAUUUUAGGCCCCAUAAAGAGGAGAAUCCUUAUGAGUGUGAAAAGGGUGCAAGCCAGAAACAGUUGCUCAUUUUACCCCCAGAAAAUCCCCCAAUGGAAAAACCAUAUAAAUGUCCGGAGUGUGGAAAGACCUUCACUCACAAAUGUAAACUUACUGUCCAUGAACGGACCCACACAGGGGAGAAACCGUAUACGUGUCUGGUAUGUGGAAGACAAUUCAGUCAGACUGGUCACCUUACCAGACAUCAACGAACCCACACUGGGGAAAAACCGUAUUCGUGCCUGCAGUGUGGCAGGAAGUACAGUGGAAGUUCCAGCCUUGUCAAGCAUGUAAGGAGCCACACGGGGGAGAGGCCAUAUAAAUGUACAGAGUGCGACAAGUGCUUCAAUCAGAGCAGUCACUAUAUUCGCCAUAAAAUGAUCCACACAGGUGAAAAACCCUACAAGUGCCUGGAGUGCGGAAAGAACUUUGGGCGUAACUUUAGCCUUAUGCAACAUAAAAGAACUCACACCGGGGAGAAACCAUACCAGUGCCUGGUAUGUGGAAAGAGUUUCAGUGGAUCCUCGGAUCUCAUGUAUCAUAAGAGGAUUCACACAGGGGAGAGACCCUAUAAAUGCCUGGAGUGCGGAAAGCGAUUCAGUAGGAGAAGUCGCCUUACAGCUCACAAAAGAAAGCACACAGGGCAGAAACCGUACAUAUGCCUGGUGUGUGGAAGGCGAUUCAGUCAGAGCGGUCACCUUACAAGCCAUAAAAGAACCCACACCGGGGAGAAACCCUACGCGUGCUUGAAAUGCGGAAGGAAGUUCAGUAGAAGAUCAAGCCUCGUGAUACACGUGAGGAUCCACACGGGGGAGAGCCCAUAUAAAUGUACAGAUUGCGGGAAGGGCUUCCGUCAGAGAACUACCUAUAUUUACCAUCGAAGGAUCCAUACGGGAGAAAAACCCUUCAAAUGCCUGGAGUGCGGGAAGAACUUCAGGCGAAACUGUCACCUUAAGAAACAUAAAAGGAUGCACACUGGGAAGAAAUUGUAUCAGUGCUAGGACUGGGAAAAGAACUUCAGCUUUCACUCAGAUGUGGCUUAUCAUAGAUAGUACAGGUAGUCCUCAAUAUAUAAUAAUUCCUUUAGUGACCGUUCAAAGAUAGACCGGCACUGAAAAAAGAGACCCAUUGUUGUGCCUCGCCUGCCUUCCUCUCCUCAACCAUCUCCUGCUAUCUGAGCCAGAGACUGAUAGUGAAGAAGAAUGGCCUGGCAUGCCCCCAGCCCUGGCACCAUGCCCGGACAGACUGAGCAAACAAACCUCCCUACAGCGUGUGAGCACGAAGCCAGCCACGAACUAGAAUUGCCGGCAGCUGAGCAGGAGGACGAAAAGUGGAUAGAUCUCCGCUUCCGGAGAAUGGAGAGGCGAUGUCAGCAAAAGGAAGGGAGGGGCAGGCCUGGAUAAGUGCUAAGUCAUGGAGCCACACCCCAUGGCCUAUAUAAAGGAUCUGCUUUUUGGCAUUCCUUGAGUCAGGCAAAGUCUCAUCUGGUUGCUGAAGUCACACCUUGGAUUCCUGCCUGCCCUGAGAACUCUGACAGGAAUUUGGCAAAGCUGCAGAGGCUUCGUGGCCACACUUGAUACAGACUUCCCAGACCCGGCCGUCAGAGGAGAAGUGGGACACGACACCCAUAUGUGAAAUACUGAUGACUGGAGUGACAUUCAGUUCAAAAUGCCGUCUCGUCAGACCUAAAUAAAUCUAAAACACGGCACUAUUGAUUCCCAUAGGAGGUCCUAGGAGCGGAAAUGAACUUUUGGUACCAGUAUUCCGCUCCCCCCCCCCAAGAGAAUUCAUAUAGAUCUGAGUUUGGUUGAUCUUCAGAAAUACUCAAUAGCUCUGCGGACUGAAGAGCUGAUCCAUGCGGGAGAGAGAAUAUAUCAAGAAAUGAAGCAAAGCCACUAUUUAAGAGGACGUGUCUUCUUAAAUACUAGAAAAGUUCCACUUGGGAGAGAAACUACAUGGAAAGAUUUGGUGUUUUUUAUUUCAUAAGCCUUCACCAACAAAUUAUGAGCCCCUCUCCAUAUUGUUAGGCCAAUCUUGAAUAUUUUUCUUGAUGAAAUCUGGGACUGUCCUAUGAGAGGCUGAUAGCAAUAGCACUUAGACUUAUAUACCGCUUCGUAGUGCUUUUACAGCCCUCUCUAAGCUGUUUACAGAGUCAGCAUAUUGCCCCAACAAACUGGGUCCUCAUUUUACCGACCUUGGAAGGAUGGAAGGCUGAGUCAACCUUGAGCUGGCGAGAUUUGAACUGCAGCUAGCAGUCAGCUGAAGUAGGAUGAGGAUUAUAUGGUUGGUCACAGUUCAAGUCCCAUGAAAACAGACUGAGGCCAAUGAAAAUGUUUAGCCUUGUAAAAAAAGCAACCAAGAAGGAUUUAAUAUCUCUGUCAAAGCAUUUGAUGCGAUGUCCCAUAGAUGAAAGGUUUGUCCUGCAGCGCAGAAUAAAUAUAGGAGAAUCGGGUUUAAUGUUACAAAAAUAUUAUGAUAGUGAUGAAACUCUCAAACACUCAAUAACUACCUCGGCUGAUACCCCUCCCUUAAUAAAAACAGGAAAACACUUCCUCCUCUUCACAAAUCCCCAUUUUAUACAACUUUGUACAAAUUUACUAUGGUGCUUCUCCUUUCAUUUCGCAAUAAAAUAAUUGAGCUUUUCUUUUCUAAGGACUGUGGGUAAUACUUGCUUAGCAACUCUGAAUUUACAGUGGACCAUCCCCCAAAAGAUAAUUAUGAACCAGUUUUGGACUUGGAAUGGUGGCACACACCAGUCAGAAUAGAACUGGAAGAGACCUUUGAGAUCUUCUAAUCCAACUCCCUCCUCAAGCAGGAGACUUUAUACCAUUUUAGACAACUGGCUGUCUAGUCUCUUCCUGAAAGUUUCCAGUGAUGAAGCCCCCUCAACUUCUGAAGACAAGCUGUUACACUGAUUAAUGGUUCUCACUCUUAGGAAGUUUCUCCUUAAUUCCAGCCUGUUUGUCUCCUUGAUUAGUUUCCAUCCAUUAUUUCUUGUCUUGCCUUCCGGUGCUUUGGAAAAUACCACAUGACUGCAUUUCACGCCCUUAACAACUGGGUCAUCUUUGCAGGUGGUUCCAUAUUCAUAUGAUUUAGGGGGGGGGCGAAGUUUGCCGGGAACCGGACUUUUCAAAGUUUCUGGCAAAAAAAAGCCCAUAGGAAUACAUUGACUUUUUUAAACGGCUGCAGCAUGGGCUUUACAACUGCUGCAAAAAAAGAUAAAAUCAGGUUGCUCAGGUAGGUACCUCAAUUUGUGACUGUUACGACUUACGCUUAAAAUUCCAGUCUCCAUUAUGGUCAUAAAUUGAGGACUAUACUUUUCUGUGCUGUUGAAAUUGUAAAUAACCUUCCGUCUUUUUUAUUUCGCAUUUCUAGAUAAGGGGCCUGUUGCUUCAAAUUAGUGUUGUUUACUCAAAAUAUGUAAAAGGUGGAACAUGGAAUGUGAAAAAAUGAACCUUAGGAACUUGCACACACAAAAUGAAAAGGGAACACACAGGAUUUAGGAAAGUGAAUUGGGUCAGGAAAGGCAAAUUCAAAUCCUGGAUUAUGUCAAUUGUCAUUCAUAGAUUGAGACCAUUCAAAACAAUAACUCAACCUUAGGAACUUGCACACCCGAAGUACCAAGAGAACAUGCAGAAUUUGGGAAACUGAAUUGGGCCAGGAAGGGAAAAUUCAAAGUCUGAAUUAUGUCAACUGUCAUUCAUAGAAUGAGACCAUUCAAAACAAUACUGUGGCUCUCUUAUUCAGAAAGGAUCCUGCUGACUGUUGUCAUCAAAUAAAUGGGUUUGUUUGCCAUUUCCCAUCCGAUGAAAGCCAUGCUGUCACAGGCUUAUGCACCAGAGACAAAUUCCUUGUCUAUCCAAUCACACUUGGCCAGCAGAUUAACUGAGUUGGAAGGGACCUUGUAGGUCAUCUAGUCCCACCCACUCCCCAAGCAGGAGACCCUCCACAAUUUCUUAUUGAUGGCAGUCCACUCUCUUCCUGAAAGCUUCAAGUGAUGAAACUCCCCUGACUUCUGAAGGCAAGCUGUUCCAUUGAUUGAUUGCUCUCACUGUCAGAAAAUUUCUCCCGAUUUCCAGGUUGAAUCUCUCCUUGUUCAG